UGGGAAAUUUGCUUUCAAUAUGGUGGCACAAAAAUCACUCCAUAGAAGGCUAGCUCGCCUAUACCCAGGCCGUAGGCAUCUGAACCAGUUACUCAAUUUUUGAAAAAUAAUCUUUGUUUCAUUUCAUUUAACCAAGAGAAAAUGUCAGAGCCUAAAAAGACCCAACAUCAAAGUAAAAAAGCUUUUGCAUAGUCUAGUAAAUAUAAUUGAUUACCAAAAAUUUAACUGUAAUUAAUUAUAUUGCUCCGUUAUAGAAAAAAAAAAGUAAUUAUGUUACAGUUUUCAUUACUUUGCAAUUCAUUACCCUCAACGUCGUGUGUGCCCAAGAGUCGAACUUGCAUGAGAAAAAGAUGUGAAAAAAAAGACAAAGUACAGGAGUAAGCCACAGUAGCCUACUACUAACUGUUUUGGGUCUUAAUCUUUUUUAUUCAAACAUUAUGGUGUUUUCUAAGCCCGUAUUGACACAACAAAAAAGUUUUGAGCGUACUAGACAGGCGUUUUCAAUCAAACUUUAUUCUUAUAGAGCACUUUCAUAUAGAGCACUUUUUGGAUGUGCGGCCUUAAUUACUUAGUACUUACGGAUUACUUUAACGUGUAUUAAACGCUGUGGCCAAUGAUGGCCAAUUCGCCAUUUUUCAUGGCACUUUUCCUGCCAAUUUCUGACCAGUGUUGCCAGAUUGGUUUUGGUUCUAAAUUUGAGGGCAAAAAUGGCUUUGGCAUAUUUUGGGCGGGUUUAGGGUCGAUUCGGCAGUUUUUAUUUCCUUAUCAUAAAAAAAGUAGCAGACUUAGUUAGUCUGGUGAUCAGCUUCCACUAAUGUUCUACGUUCUGAUGCUCAGUGAACGCACCAGGAGGAGACGCUUUAUGGUCCUGGGCACUGUCAUUGAACCCCUUGUUGAGGGGAUUGCCCCCUUCGCCUGCCAAUAAAUGUGUUCAAAAGCUUGGGGCUCAGUGUGGGAAGGGCUUUCAGUUAAUUUUUUUUAGCGUGAUGAUCGACAUAUUGAGUUGUGUGUUUACAGUAGUCCUGUCCUGACUGGUUUAUACUUCCAACUGACUCAUAAUCGCUCACGUUGUUGUGGUCGUGCGGCCAUCGGAGCAAAAUCGCUUUAGUCCCUGCAGAAUGUGACACCUUCUGGUGAUGUCACACGCCACUGGAAUUUCCGUCCAGUGUGAAAUAGCAGGCGGAUCGUGUAAUUUAACUUGAAUUUAUUUCAGCAAUUAGAGUACGAGACACAGAAAACUCUGUCCAGAAAAUUAUCUUUUAAUAAUGAAAAUGAUGGAUGUUAUAGAACGGAGGCAAUCGUGAAUCCAGAUAACUCCCCACCUUCACGGCCGGAUGAUGUCUGUUAAAUGUCCAUGCUCACUACAAACACUUCUGAUCCUCCUUGGUAAAAUGUUCAUAGAAGAAUUAGAAUAUUGCUCAAUAUGAGGAGUUUUUUUUUUUUAUUUCUUCAGAACCAAAAACUGUACGCCGACAGCGUACUUUAUGAUGCCGAUAAGAAGUGUCACUCUGUGCCUUAAAGCCACGAGUGCUUCUUCCUUCAUUGAAGAAUAAACACCUUUUCGGCCGCUUCUCAGUACGGAGUAGAGAGAGGGAACACGAACACGCGCACAACCACGCGCACCCUCCUCACUUCAUGUCUGCGCUUCCUCUAAGCGCUCCGUAUAGGGGCUCAGUUACGCUCCGGUGUUUGAACUUUCUUCGGAUGAAGAAAUGUCAUCCAAGUGAAGUAUCUUGAGUUAUUAUAAAAAAAGACAAUUAUGAUGAUGCAGCUUGCUGUGUGUCCGCCAGCUCAAUAAAAAAAAUAUAUAUAUAUAUUUAAAUUAUUUCUUAUUUUGUGUCUCUAUUUUGUUAUAGUGUACGAUUUUGGCAGUUAAGUUUUUGUAGUUUCUGUAACCCCACCCAGACCCCCUUGUGAGACUUUGAGACUAUCUGGCAACACGGUUUCUGACCUAUUUCGCUUGCCAUACUAUAAUGGCCAGUGUCGCUAGUGCGCCAGCAGCGUUAGCUUGUGUUGUGAAUUGGAUAUGUUAUAGGAUCUUUAUCCACACUCCAGAUCAGGCAGGUGGUGGUGUAUAGAUCAACCAGUUGUUAUUUAUUUAUUGCCAAUCGGCAAAAAAUAAAUUUACGGAGAAGAACAACAGUAGCACGGCGUGGGGGCCUGUUAGCAUGCUAGCAGCGUUAGCUUGUGUUCUUCGGACGGUGGUGUUUGUUCGGACGUUUGUGAGGUUUUGGGGCAGAAAGGACGAUACGUGGUUCGUGUCGGAACUCUCAGCAUUUUUCAAAGUGUCGUAAAUGAGUGAAUACGUGUUGGACGUAAAGACAACGUGGCUGUGAUUGAGAGACUAGCAGAUGAUCGGAGCUGCUGCUGUUCAGAGGACGGCGGUGUUUGCGUGAGUUUGAGCUGAAGAUCAGAGCAGCAGCAGGAACGAUGUCUUCAGAACCACAGAGAGAGCAGCUUUCUGCUGCUGAAGAACAGAACGAGCCGGGGAUCUGUCAUCAGCGCAGUCUGCUAGGAAUCAUCUGGAAUCCACAGCUUCAGCUCCAGGCUAUAGUCCUCCCACAAAAUUAUGUUCCUGAAGAAGAAAAUCUCUUCAACCAGCAGGGGAACUUCACAGUGGAACAGGAGGAGACAGAUCCUCUACAGAUUAAAGAGGAACUGGAGGAACAAGAAUCUCCACAGAUUAAAGAGGAACUGGAGGAACCAGAACCUCCACAGAUUAAAGAAGAGCACGAGGAACCAGAAUCUCCAUGGGUUAAAGUGGAACAGACAGAACUGGAAUCUCCACAGAUUAAAAAGGAAGCGGAGGAACCAGAACCUCUUCCGAUUAAAGAGGAGCAAGAAGAACACUGCAUCGGUCAGGAUGAAGAGCAGUUUGAGCUGAAGCAGGAGACUGAUACUUAUGAGGAAAUUGAGUACAAUAUAGAAGUUUUAAACAAUCAGCAGAGCUUUAAUGCAACUGAUAGUCAGGAUGAAGAAGGAAGCCAUGACGAAUCUACAUCGACUAAAUAUGGAGAGACAGACCCACAGAACAGAGAUCAGAUAAAGAGAGGGAAUUGUAUAGAAAUAUCUCACACUGUUUCUGUUGGUAUGAGAACCAAGUCUGAUGAAAGAUCUUAUGUCUGUGAAGAGUGUGGUAAAAGUUUUUGUCACGGGUCUAAGUUAAGAAUUCACAUGAGAACUCACACAGGAGAGAAGCCUUUUUUUUGUAAAGAAUGUGAUAAAAGUUUUAGUCAAAUAGCUAAUCUCAACACACACAUGAAAAUUCAUACAGGCGAUAAACCCUUUUCUUGUAAAGAAUGUGACAAAAUAUUCUAUCAAAAAUCUCAUCUCAAAAGUCACAUAAGAACUCACACAGGAGAAAGGCCUUUUACUUGUGAAGAGUGCGAAAAAAGUUUUAGUCAUCAAUUAACUCUCAAAAAACACAUGAGAGUUCACACAGGAGAGCGACCUUUUUUUUGUAAAGUAUGCGAUAAAAGUUUUUGUUAUAAAUUCAGUGUUAAAAAACACAUGAAAAUUCACGCAGGAGAAAAGCCCUUUUCUUGCAAAGAAUGUGAUAAAAGUUUUUAUGAAAAAUCGUAUCUCACAACACACAUGAGGACUCACACAGGAGAGAAGCCCUUUUCUUGUAAACAAUGUGACAAAAGUUUUAGUCAAAUGACUAAUCUCAGGACACACAUGAAAAUUCAUACAGGUGACAAACGUUUUUCUUGUCCAGAAUGUGAUAAAAGUUUUUGUCAAAAAUCUCAUCUCAAUAGUCACAUGCGAAGUCACACAUGAGAGAAGCCUUUUUGGUCAGGAAUGGUAAAGACUGGAACUUCAUUCAGAUUAGUUGCACAAAUAUUGAAAUAUUUUAGGUAAUGAUUUAUUUAUUAUGUUAUUUUAUAGUACUUUACAGCAGGGUGAACAGAACACUAGCCAUGGUUUGGCCCACAUCUGUACCGCGGAUACCAUCCCCGCCUGCUGGGCACCUUACGCUGCUCACACAUUAAUAUCAAUCGGCUGUCCACACCAAAUGCAGUUGGUGUCAAAUUCAUGUAAUGUACACCAUGUUUGUUUCAACAUGCAUCAAAGUUGCUUCUUGACAGUUAUCCUAAAGUCUGAUAACCAGAAGCUCCCCUGACGUGUGGGAGGAGCUUCCGUCAAAAACUUCUCGAAUUCCCCAUGGAGGAGGCGCAUACUGAGAAUUAAUACCAAAAAAAUAAUGAAAAAUAAAAUUUUAACUUUUUUAUUUCGGAUUUAAUUUGGACAUUAGGGGCAUUGGAUGUAAGGGAAAAUUGCAUAUUCAGUCGUCUUUUCUCUCAGUUUUUGUAGAUUUAGUCUCCAGACAUGCAAUUCUAACCAGAAACUACAUGAUUUUACAAUUUUAUUGAGGUUCAAAGAUGUGUGAGUGUAUAUUUAUUCUUUGAAGUUUUUAAUAGAUGUUUUUUUCAAAUGUGUUUUAAAGCUCUUGUUUUUUUCUGUUUUUUUACUGAUCUGAAAAAUGAUCCGAACCAUGGCCCUAAAACUGUGGCACGAUCCGGACCGUGAGUUUUGUGAUCCGUUACACCCCUACUUUACAGAUAAAAACUUCAUUUUUUGUUUCAGAGAAUUAUUAUAAAAAAGCCUAAAUGUUGCUUACUCCACCCUGACCCGCUAAUUAUCUCUAAAUGCUUGCAGAGGUUUUUCUGAGUCUUUGGCUCUCAGCGCUUGCUGCUAUUUAAAUUACCAUAGUGCUUCCACUACAAAUGUAGUGUAGUUCCAAUAGAUUCUAAAGAAAGAUGAGCAGCUUUGCCCUGAUAUGUAACAACUCACAUUAAUAAAGUGUUUACAUAAUUAACACAAACCAACUAAUCCUGAUUAUGUGAAAAGCAGUUUUUUUUUAUUAUAAUGCAAUAAUUCACGGUGGUAAGAUGUUACCUUUAAGUCUUGUAUAUUAUUAUUAUUAUUAUAAUUAUUAGGUUGCCUUUUUCCGCACAAGAAUUAGUUGGUUUUCAUGGUUUGAUAAAAGAAAUUGUAAAGACAUUUUGUGAAAUAACAAUUCAAAAGUAAUGUUCAAUUUGUGUUGGUUGAUUUUUUUAUUAAAAUAUUUUAUUUUAUUGUUUUUUGGUUUGAAUUUGUGUAGUUGACUGUUGUUGUUGUAGUUUAUACUGAUACAAUGUCCAAGAGUUUAGGACUGCUUGUUUUCUUUUUCAAUGUUCUGUCCAAAUCUUUACUCUGAAGAAUAAAGUGGACGUGCACAUA